AUCAGUUUUGUUCAUCGUCAAUCUUUCAACUCAUUAACACCUUACCAAUCGCGCACGCGCUCUUCUACUCAUUUCAUAACAACUCAAGCCGACAUUACAAUGGCAAACUGGAUCGACUUUCUCUCUCUGUUCGCUACGAUAGCCGUCGUUGGAGGUGUAGUUUAUGGUGUGAUAUACAUCAUAGAGCAAGUAACGACAAGAAUUGAGAGUACAAAAGAAAAUCUGAAAGCCAAAGGGCUGGACAUAUCUCAUACAGGUGUCUCAGUUAAAACGCAAAAACGGUUCGAUAGGGAGGACUACGUGGACGCAACACAAAGGGGUCUCGUCAAAGUUGUCAACGCAUCCUCAUUCCGUCGCGGGGGCGCUUCGUCAGAUCCCACCGGCUCAUCGCCCGAUAUUUCAAGACCCACAAAAAUGGACAGACAAGACUCAACGUCAAGCGUCAAAAGUGGAAGCAGUGGAGAGGAGAAGAAGAAGAAAAAGGGUCUGUUUGGAUCACGAAAGUGAUUGUCAGGGAUGGUGCGAUGCGUUCGCGCAUAGGAGGCUUCGUGGAAGCGGCUGGAGCUCGGACGUACUUGACCCCUCUUCAGGUGAAGAGAGGAGUCGGUCGCCACCCAUUCCUUACAGAAAAUGGGCUCCUCGAUGAUCUGGAUUCGGGCGUCAUUGUUGGUGUAUCUAUUACCUUUCGGUUGUAUGGAUCUUAUAUUCUGUUAUCUAUUGCGGUUAUAUCUUUGAUAUGCUGGAUAUUCGCCCAA